UGCAACAAGUGCCAGUUUGUCGUUUCGUCACCGAUCCGAUCUCUCCGCGGGCGUCAAUUUCUGUUGAUAUGGCGGUUGCUUGGUGAUAGAUGCUCGUGCUACAUUCCCCUCCACCGCCCGGUCCUCUAUUUACACCUGACAUGCACUGGUAACACCACGAGUAUCCAGCACCACCACCAUGGUCAACUCCAGAGCGCAUGCGCAUCCGGGCCAUGCACGGCUUCACAAGCGCGGCCACUCCGCCUCGUCGUCGCUGGCGAGCCCGCUGAGCCCGGUUGCUGACGGCGGAGCAUUCACAUUUAAUCGGUCAGAGACGCCCAAGAUGACCAUCGAGGAGUCCUGGACCGAGAUACCGCAGCACAUGCCCGCCUCUCCCUCCUCGCAUCCGCUUAAGAUCAAGCCGUACCUGCGGAAGCUGUCGUCCAAGGAUACGAACGCCCUGGACCUCUCGCGCCCGGCUGCAGAGAAUGAAAGUCUUGCAGGCCUCGGCAUCGCCAACGAGUACAAUGGAGUGUACUCUCGCUCGAUAUCAGACGUCACCUUCACCCCCGUCAACGGCCGCCAUCGACACACCCGCUCGACUUCGAACACCUCGCAGUUCUCGACAUCGUCUGGUGGUCUGACACGGCCAACGCCCAUGCCGGCCAUCCGCCAGACUCCGCAACCAACAGCCUACCUACCGCCCGCAUCCAAGUCGUCACCAUCAUCAAUACUUGGAAUCGAGAAUGAGGGCGAUGAUAUCAUGUCUGACGAGGAGUUCCGUCUGCGACAGAACGCGUAUGAGCCCGGGCGUCGAUCUGGUUCGAUAUCACCCGUGCCUGGUGUAUCCCUGCGCAUUCACACCAACAACUCAACAACACGACUCGCCAGCAACUACUCCCAGUCCACCAUAUCCCUGACCUCGCCCGUUGCCCAAGCACGGUCCAGAGGAGACACGCUCAAGUCCAUCGACACCACCACCUCGCCCAGUUCGCGCACCUCGUUCGACCAGGGUCUGCGAUUCAUCCGCGGCGGCCGCGACUCGCCGAUUGAUGCUGCAUCACGCGCUGCAUCGAUCCGUGCUGCACGGGCAAAGUUCGAAGAGGAGGAGUUGGCAAAGGAGCGCAGAUACGAGAGGGAAGCAACCAAACAAGCCGAGCGGGACUACCGCAGACAGGCGAAGAAGGAGGAACACCAGAGGCGCAAGUCAGAAGCCACCGACCGUGCUGAAUACAAGCACUCUCGCAGCAUCUCCGACUCGCACAACGAGAAGGCACCAAGGCCCUCGGUCGGUGGACGACAGUACUCAGACUAUCGCGAAGCACACGUCAACUCGCUGCCCAAGCACGUGAGCACCGUGGAUCUGGAGAAGGCUGGUGUCACGCCUGAAGUGACGACGAAGCGUGCGGCGAAGGGUCGGUGGCUGAGCUUCAUCACCUGGUUCAAGACGAGGCUUUUGCGCAUGUCGAGGAAAGUGUCAACUUGAGGCUGAGUCGGCCGGUUCCACUCAUCGCCACGCUGCCACGUCGCCAUGCAGCAACACAGCCCUACCAUCCGCAUACGCAAGUCAUUAUCCUCUCUAUGACCUGCGCCGCCGAUCCUCCUGCCAUCUACCCCAAUAACAUCUACUCUCCUCUGCCUUAGCAGCCGAUUGGCUACUCUCAUCACUCACACUCAUCUUUCAGCACGGCGUUCGGUUGCGGGUCACGGCCUUUUUUCACCAUUCAUGUUUUAUUGAUAUCAUGCUGCAUCUUCUGCGAGCAUCCUUAGCAUAUAUACCUAGCAUUCGUGUACAGGCGCACGGGGAAGGACUUGGGUCCACUUGUCUCUUAUUGCUGUUUGCGUCGCAUGCGUUUGCAUGUCUGAUACCCCAGAACACGUUGCGUGUCUAGCG